AUGGAUUCCCAAUCUAUUAUACAAAAAAACAGAAAGAAAGAACUUCUACCUAUGAAACUAUUUCUUAUGGAUAUAGAUGAAGCUAAUAAACAUGUUGCAUCUUAUUGUCAAUCUCAUCCAGCUAGUCCAACAUGGCCCUUUAGAAUGAUAGUUACAGGAAAAAGUAGAUCAGGUAAGACUAAUAUCUUAACAAAUCUUUUUCUCAGUGAUAAAGCUGAAUACAUAUAUAAAGAAAAAAAAGGUGGUAGGAGAUAUAUUUCUUGUGAUGAUUUAAUAGUUUGUGGUUAUCAUCCUGAUGAGCCAAAAUGGGCAUUUGUUAGAUAUAUGUAUGGCAUAAUUUCAAAAGACCCAAAAGCACCUUAUUAUGAAAAUAUACGAUUUAGCUAUAUAUCACCAGAAAAAAUCCCUAGUAUAAAAGCAUUUUCACCUGAACGAAGUAUAGCAAUUGUUUUUGAAGAUUUGUGUCUCACUUCAGAACAUAUACAGAAUCGAAUUGGCCAAUUUUUUGGAAAUAGCUCAUAUGAAGAUGUCUCUAAAAUUAUUCGUCGAUAUACAGAUGAUAUAAAAAAUGCAUCAAUGGUUAUUAACAGUUACUUACGCAAAGGUGAAUUUAUUGUGUUUGAUUUAGAUAGGCCAGAAGAUGAUCCACUACUCUAUGGAUUUGCAGAAAGAGAUAGAGUUACAUCAAAAGCACAAGAUAAAAAAUGCAUUGCCAGCUGA